AUGCAAGAAGGAAUACUCUUUACACUAGCACAAUUAUUCGAUCCGCUCGAUUUAUUGGGGCCUGUAAUAGUUCUCACGAAACUUAUAUUGCAGGAAUUAUGGAAAUGGCAACAGUUGCACAAUUUUUCUGAUGCAAGUAAGCGAGUGUACGGAGCAUCUAUGUACAUCCGUAGCACAGAUCCAAACAACAAUCACAAGAUAUAUUUACUAGGUUCCAAAUCGCAGAUAGUACCAUUGAAAACUCAAACGUUACCAGGAUUAGAAUUAUGUGCAGCAAUGUUACUAAACAAAUUAUUUAACAAUGUUAUUAAAGCAUUAAAUGUUACAUUCCAAAUAAUUACAUUCUGGUCAGAUUCGACGAUAGAAGGAGGGUCAGUAACCGUUAUUCAAUACCGUUUAAACGAUUUAGAGGCAGAAUAUGCUACGCAUAGUGAAAAUCAGGGCAAAUUGGACGACAUAGACGAGGAUCAGGCAUGA